UGUUGCCCUGGUGAUCGGUUUGUUACCAAACAAAAAGUUCCAACUGCCAGAUCUGAACACGUUUAAAAUUAAUCGUCCAAUGUCGUAUUAAUCAACCUGAUAUGUAAAUCGGGACAGUAGUUAUAAUGAGGACAGUGCCGAUCUGGGUGGACAAGGUCCAUACGCGCGACAAUUCAGAACAACAGAUCUACGACCUAUGUUUCAGUGCCGACGGAAUACAAUUAAUUGCUGCCGCUGGUAAUAAAGUGUUGGUGUAUGAAGCAUUAUCAGGCACUCUACUCCACUCUCUGAAAGGUCACAAGGAUACAGUCUACUGUGUAGCAUUUGCCAAAGAUGGAAAGCGGUUUGCUUCAGGGGGUGCCGACAAGAAUGUCAUCAUUUGGACUAGUAGCAUGGAAGCUAUCCUCAAAUACUCACACAAUGAUGCCAUCCAGUGUGUCUCCUACAACCCCGUCAGUCCUAUUCUUGCCAGCUGUUCAUCCAGCGACUUUGGCUUAUGGAGCCCAGAGCAGAAAAAUGUUCAAAAGUACAGGGUGAAUUCACGCAUCUGUGCCUGUUGUUGGAAUGAUGACGGGACCUUGUUGGCAUUGGGUUUGGCAAACGGCACUGUCACUAUUCGAAAUAGGUCUGGAGAAGAAAAGGCUAAAAUUGAGAGACCAGGAGGCAACCAAUCACCUGUGUGGGCUUUAUGUUGGAACAUUAACAGGACCGAUCAAACGGAGUUGCUUUGCGUCACCGAUUGGGGAAAUCGGACAUUGUCCUUUCACCUUCCGAAUGGCAUGCAAAUUCGCUCCGAGAAACAUUUGGGUUUUAAUGCUUGCCGCAUAGUUCCUUAUCGUCACGCUGGUGGCGACUAUCUACUCGUUUGUGGCUCCAAUCGCCAAUGUCAACUUUUCAGUAGCGAAGGAUAUGCCCUUGGCCCUGUGGCUGAAUGCAGCAAAUGGGUUUGGGCUACGGCUACCAAACUCAACAGCACCGUUGUUGCCGUCGGCAGUGAAGAUGGAACAGUCGGUUGCCACCAGCUGAUUUUUAGCACUGUUCACGGUCUCUAUAAAGAACGAUAUGCUUUCAGGGAACACCUGACGGAUGUGGUAGUUCACCACUUACUGACAGAAGAAAAAGUGCGCAUCUGUUGUCGCGACCUUAUCAAGAAAAUCGCCAUCUACAAAAACCGCCUUGCGGUCCAACUGCAGGAGAAACUCAUGAUCUACGAACAGCAAGAAGGGGAACAUUUGCACUAUGUCAUCAAGGAGAAAAUCAACCAGAAUUUCGAAUGCAGUCUCAUGGUCAUCUGUACGAAUCACAUCAUUCUCUGCCAUGAGAAAAAAUUGCAGUCGGUGAACUUCCAAGGCGUUAAGGAACGCGAAUGGACUCUCGAAUCACCAGUCCGCUAUAUCAAAAUUGUCGGUGGGCCGGCCAACAAAGAGGGUCUCCUACUGGGUUUGAAAAACGGCCAGGUGUCUAAAAUCUUUUUGGAUAACCCUUUCCCCGUUGAGUUACUCAAGAUCAGCGUUCCGAUUCGUUGUUUGGACUUGAGCACUUCCCGUCAAAAGGUUGCAAUUGUCGAUGAUAACAAUACUUGCUCAGUAUAUCAGCUGAGCAAUGGUGAACUCCUUUGUCAGGAGCCGCAUGCAAAUAGCGUCGCAUGGAAUAUCCACUGCGAAGAUAUGCUCUGCUUCUCUGGCCAGAAUUGGCUCAACAUCAAAGCAUCGAACUUUCCGUGUCAUCAACAAAAGUUUCAGGGCUACGUGGUGGGAUUCUACGGUGCCAAGAUCUUUUGCCUUCAGGGUUACAGUAUGACCACUCUUCAAGUGCCUUUAUCGGCACCCAUGUACCAGUACCUGGACCGUAAACUUUACCGCGAAGCUUACGAAGUAGCCUGUAUGGGUGUGACAGAGGCCGAUUGGUCACAGCUGGCACACGAGUCGUUGAACGCGUUGGAACUAGAAAUCGCCACGCAAGCUUUUCAACGCAUCCAAGAUUAUAAAUAUCUGGAAUUGAUGGAAUCCAUCGCCAACCAAAAAAGACUUGGCGGUCCUCAAGCAAACCUAAAUCACAACGUCUUUAUCGGAGACAUUCUUGCCUGGCAGGGCAAGUUUCACGAAGCUGCUCGACUGUAUCGCAAGUGCAGUCGUAGCGACAAGGCUGUGGCACUCUUCACGGAUUUGCGGCUUUUCGAUCAAGCUCAAGAGUAUCUGAGUAGUGACAGCACGGCUGAUCGAAUGACUAUCUUAAAAAAACGGGCCGACUGGGCACAAAAUAUUCACGACCCGCGAGCUGCAGCCGAAAUGUACCUGAAUGCUGGCGAAAUUCUCAAAGCUGUCGAGAUUAUUGCAGCCAAUGGCUGGACAUCUAUGCUUGUUGACGCUUCACGAAAAUUGGAUGCAAAGGAUCAAGCGUCUACAUUGCGCAUUAUUUCAGAUCACCUUCGUCGUUUAGGAUCCAUACAGCUGGCCUGUGACAUCCUACGACGUCUUGGUGAUACAGCCGCACUGGCUGCGGCUUUAGUCGAAUGUGGCGCAUGGACUGAGGCUCUUACCCUCGUCAAGCAGCAUCCCGAUCUCAGUCGCAACGUUUAUCUGCCUUACGCUCGUUGGCUAGCCGAGCAGGAACAGUUUAUCGAAGCCCAACAAGCUUAUUAUGAGGCGGGUUGUUUGGAAGAGGCAGAACGUGUCCUCAAUACUUUGGCGAUGAAUGCUGUGGCAUUAAAUAAAUACGAGGACGCGUCGCAUUUCUUCUGGCUGUUUGCUAAACAUCGGCUUCAAUUGGCAGCAAAAGCCGAAUCACCCAACGAAACGUUGAAACACGUUACUCAGUUCCACGCUUUGGAACGCAAGAGCUCGGCUUAUUACGCUUACAAAGCAAUUCAUCGUUUUACGAAUGAGCCGUUCACUUCCAGCCUUCCAGAAGCUCUCUUUAACAUGGCGCGCUACCUGCUUCAUGAAACACUACAUGGUCCACUCACUGGCAUCAGCCAAUUUGCUGUGGUGUAUUCGCUAAUGAAGCAUGCGAAGACACUUGGGGCCUACAAAACGGCCAAACAUGCCGUUACUUUGCUACAGAACCUUAAAAUACCGGCUCAGUUUCAGGAAAGCGUUGAUUUGGCUGUUCUAAGUAUCCGUGCCCAACCGUAUCAAGAUGCGGAGGAUCUCCUCCCUCUGUGCUACCGGUGUUCCAUGAGCAACCCAUUGUACAAUCCACGUGGAAAUUGUUGUAUUCAUUGCGGCGAAAAUUUCAUUUUUUCUUUCAUUUCUUUCGAGAUUCUUCCUCUGGUCGAGUUCUACGUAGACGAAGAUAUCUCAGCUGUGGAAGCCCAGCAAUUGAUUAAAACGGAACCGCCUAAAAGAACGCUCGACGUGAAGAAUGAAGGAGGAGACUAUCAACUGUACGAAAACGACAGACAAUCGUCUGCGGAUCCUUUUGCCUCAUAUUUUUACCCCCAUCAGUUACGAGAUCAGACAUCGAAAAUAGUUCUCAACCGUGACGCCUUGCUCCGACUGAAACCCACCGAAGUGAUUGUUUGUCGGUGGCCGCCUCCCUUGCCUAGCCGGUAUUACCGCAAUUUCUUGCCCGAUGUAGCCUUGAAACAUUGCAAACAUUGCAACAAAAUAUUCCAUGCUGAUGACUAUGAGCUGCACUACCUGCAAAAGAACCAAUGUCCGUUUUGCCGAUCGAGUCGUUCCAGCCCUACCUUUUGAUCUCAUUGGGAUCCCCACUUGCUCUGUCUCGACCACGAUGCCGUCCUUAUUAUUAUCGUUCCUGUUUACAUCCUAAUCAACCAUCCAUUCAAGUCUUUUGUUAUGCUAUCAAUAAAUGAAAAUGUCAUUGCUUUUUU